AUGAAUAAUGCACAGGCGUUUAUACACGUGAGGCCCGCUGGCGGCGGUGUUGCCGGAGCAGGUUUGGGAAAGUCGCUUCUUAGGGUCCCGUUAUCGAAGUUUGCUGGGCUGAUAGGUCAUAGCUCGAGCCGGGUAUCUCGGAGGAUCAACCAGGACACUUAUUCGAUGUCGUUGGUGAGAAACUCGGUGUUUUCUAGGGAACCCUUGCUGAAUAUGUCGGUGUUCGAUGGUCAUGGUGUUGCUGCAAGCAAUGUGUCUUCGAAACUGGCUCAUAACUUACAUAAUUGGCUGGGUCAAGAGGAACCGAGGGGUUCUCUUGACUCACAUAUUCUGUUUCGACUGUUACGGAGGUAUAGAGAUCUGUUUGGUGGUUCGUACUGGCAGUCGCUGUAUGCGGACAGGGAAAAGUACUACGAUCGGUUUAUUCGCCAUUGUAAUACAAAACAGGAACAAGUGCUGUUUGAUCAGAGUAACCAGGGUACUCGGAUGUUGUUUGACCACUCGGGGAAUCUGAUCGAUAAGAACUCGUUGCUGAAUGAACAACAACGGCUCAAGAUCAUUAAUACUUUUUUACAAUUCGACCUGGAGCAAUGUUGUGGGGUGAACCCAGAACAAGCCUCCUUGGAUCUUAGCUCAUGGAGUGAUAAAUUUCCUGGGGGGUCCACUGCAUCUUCAAUUAUGCUGUCAAGAUUCGACCCUCUUGGUAGCACAAUACCAGCAUCUCUAUCCAAUGAUCAGACGUAUUUUGUCUCUCCAACGGGACUAUUGAAAUUGAUCGUCACUCAAGUAGGAGACUCGAAGAUCCUGAUAUGUGACUCCAAUGGGGUUGCACAUAGCUUGUCAAGACCUCACCAUCCGGAUCAAAACAGGGAACAUCAGAGACUUCACACCCAAAAUUCACAAUUGAUCUCUAGGGAUUCCUUUGGUGAAGAACGAUUCUUAAACAAUUUUGCCAAUACAAGAUCCUUCGGAGACGUCAUAGGUAAAAGAGAUGGCAUCUCUGCAGAACCAGACAUCUAUUCGUAUCUGAUUGGGAAUACUUCUCAAUUACCGCACAGUGAAAAGGCGAAAUUACAAUUUGGUGGUGACGAAUGUUUCAUAGUCAUGGUCACUGAUGGUGUCUCUGACUGGCUUUCCGACCAAGAGUUGGUCGAUCUGAUCACCUCCACAGUCAACCUCAGGGGUCUAAAGCAUGCAACACCUCAGUUUGUGGCAGAUGAAGUUAUCAAGUUUAUAGUUAGUGUCGCUGAUAGGCAUGCCGACAACGCUACUUGUUUGGUUUUAAGAUUAUCCAACUGGGGUAAUUGGCCCACAUACGACAGAACGGGGGCCUCAAGAGAACAGAAAUUGCUCAAUGCAAUAUAG